UUAUUCUGGCUCAGCAAUUCACAACCUGCAAUGUUCCCAUUGUGAUUGUCUGCAAAACAACUUUAUCAGUAGUGAUGACGUCACUGCAAAUUAGCCGUGAGGAGAGUGCUGCUAGUCGGACAUCAUGAGUGAAGAUGAAGCCCACCGUGCCACUGCUGCUCCUGGUCCUGCUCUCUGUCGCGGGGCCGAGCCGAGCCCAGGUGAUGACGUCUCUCCUGGACCUGACCAGCAGCAUCAGGAACAUCCUUCCCAAUCUCAGCCGCCCGGCAAACCACAGCCGCAUCUUCUACGCGGUGAUGUUUGAUGCAGGGAGCACAGGGACACGCAUCCACGUCUACACCUUCAUCCAGAGUGACUCAGAGGAGCUGCCUGUUUUGGACAAUGAGAUGUUCCAUUCCAUAAAGCCUGGUUUGUCGGCAUAUGCUGACUCCCCUGAAAUGGCUGGACACACAGUGAGGAUGUUGUUGAAGGUGGCCAAGAAGACUGUGCCUCGCCUGGAGUGGAAGAGGACUCCAGUGGUCCUCAGAGCCACAGCCGGACUUCGACUGCUGACCGCAGAGAAAGCCCAGGGUCUUCUGGACCAGGUUCAACACGUGUUUGAUGAAUCUCCUUUUUUGGUCUUAGACAACAGCGUCAGCAUAAUGGACGGCACAAAUGAAGGAAUCCUGGCUUGGAUAUCUGUGAACUUUCUGACAGGUCACCUGUACGCACAAACCAAAAAGACAGUGGGAAUCUUGGAUUUGGGAGGAGGAUCUACGCAGAUCACAUUCCUGCCAAAGCUGAGGAAAACCAUUGAAAGUGUUCCUGUUGCUGAUUACGUUGCCAGAUUUGACUUCUUGAACUCAUCAUUUGAACUGUACACUCAUAGUUACCUGGGAAAUGGACUGAUGGCAGCGCGACUGGCCACACUGGGCGCUUUGGGUGCAGAAGGUUUGGAGUGGCGAGUUUUCAAAAGUUCCUGCCUGCCAAAGAAGUUUCAGGAUGAAUGGAGCUUUGGAGGGCUAACCUAUCAAGUGAGCGGAGACCCAGAUGGUUAUGCAGGAUACAAGCUCUGUUAUCAGGAAGUACUUAAGGUGGUGAAGGGAAUUAUUCACCAGCCGUAUGAGCGCGAAGACAGCAACGUAUUCUAUGCAUUCUCAUAUUACUUUGACAGAGCUGUGGAUGCAGGCCUUAUCGAUGGGGUCCAGGGAGGGAUGCUGGAGGUCAGAGACUUCAAGAAGAGAGCUAAAGAGGUGUGCAAUAAGAUGACCAAGAACCCUUCCAUCAGUCCUUUCCUGUGUAUGGACAUGACCUACAUCACUUGUCUACUCAAGGAUGGGUUUGGCUUCAAGGAGAGCACCGUGCUGCAGCUGACCAAGAAAGUGAACAACGUGGAGGCAAGCUGGGCUUUAGGCGCCACAUUGGACCACUUCCACAACCUGAAGAUCCACUAAGGAGAAGGGAGGUGGUGCUCAUUAACAAACACGAGUAAAUCCACACUACCUUAUCUAACAGGCCCAGACAUCUGCUGUUUGUGUCAUAAGGACAGAACUAACCUCAUGAGUAAUUCUUUAUUUCUUUUAAAAAGCAAUUAUUCUAAAGUGUUAAUACAUUGAGCUGUAAAUGAGCAAUGUGUUGCCUUACUCAGAGAACAAGUGACGCACUGGAAUUUGACAUUUGAAUAACACACAGUUAAAAGGACCAGUGUGUAGGAUUUAGUGGCAUCUAGCAGUGAGGUUGGAGAUUGCAACCAUCGGACGACCCCUGCCCUCCCCUCCCGGCGUGUAGGAGAAUCUACAGGGGCUAGAACCAGCGUUUGGUUUGUCUGCUCUGGGCUACUGUAGAAACAUGGUGGCCCCCGUGGAAGGGGACCCACUCCCUAUGUAGAUAUAAAGGUCUCAUU